CUCUCCACAGAGCAUAUGUUUUCAAAUUUGCUAUCCAAACCUUCAAAAGUCAUUUCACUAUUUCUAUUUAUUUAUCAAAAAUAAAAUAAUAUUAAACAAAUAAUAAAAAUGAUUUUUGGUCUACAAUUAACAAAUCAAAUCAUUAGAAGACUACCAUUAUGUAGUAAGAACACUGUCCUAGCAUAUAAAUCUGUGACAAGGAAUUUCACAAUAUUACCCAAACAGAGCAACUCUAAUUUUCUUGUUGCCCAAAUCCCCAAGAAAAACACUGUUUCCCAAAUCAGAAACUUUGCCCAUAACAACAAAGUUGAACAGGGAAAUAAACUAGUUGGAACAUGGCUUCUAGGUUGCAGUGCCAUGGUCUUUGGAGCUGUAAUACUCGGUGGUGUUACUCGCUUGACAGAAUCUGGACUAUCAAUGGUAACUUGGAAGCUCCUUGGAGAGCAAAGACCACGAACACCAAAAGAAUGGGAGGAAGAAUUCGAAAGGUAUCAACAAUUUCCCGAGUUCAAAAUGAAAAAUGCAAACAUGACACUCGAGGAAUUUAAAUUCAUUUACUUUAUGGAGUAUACUCAUCGCAUGUGGGGUCGAGCCAUUGGUGCCUUUUACGCUCUACCUGCCAUCUAUUUUUGGACUAAAGGUUACUUUUCCAAGGCAAUGAAAAUGCGAGUACUCCUCUUUGGUGCCCUAAUAGGAGCCCAGGGUCUAAUGGGUUGGUAUAUGGUUAAAUCUGGUCUGGAAGAUCGUUUUCAAGAUGUCAAUGAUGUACCAAGAGUAUCGCAAUAUCGACUUGCUUCACAUUUAUCAUUUGCAUUUAUUCUUUAUACACUAUUUUUGCAUUCAUCACUUUCACACUUGUUACCUGCAGAACGUUUGUCACAAAUCACUCGUGGAGCAGUGACAUUUCGAAAACUGGCUCAUGUCACAAAAGGCAUGGUAUUCCUGACAGCAAUAUCUGGCGCCUUUGUUGCUGGUCUAGAUGCUGGUCUUGUUUAUAAUUCAUUUCCAAAGAUGGCUGAUCGUUGGAUACCAGACGACAUUUUAGCUCUGUCGCCAAAGCUAGUCAAUUUCACUGAAAAUCCAACAACAGUACAAUUCGAUCAUCGAAUGUUGGGUAUUACAACGAUAUCACUUAUUUCGGGUCUUUGGAUAUUGUCGAGAAGAAGAAGCCUGCCAAAGAGAGCUUAUUGGGCGGCGAAUGCUAUUGCAGCAAUGGGUUGGACUCAAGUUGCUUUGGGUAUCACUACGCUGCUGACGUAUGUUCCUGUAUCGAUAGCUGCCGCACAUCAAUCGGGUUCACUUGUUUUAUUGUCAUUGGCUAUUUGGUUGUCGCACGAACUGAAAUUUGUUAAAUAUAUUCCAAAGUAAUGUUUAAACUGAUAAAUCAA